CUCACACCCACACUCACACUCACACUCACACCCACACCCACACUCACACCCACACCCACACUCACUCCCACUCCCGCACUCACACCCACAACCACACCCAAACCCACACACACACUCACACCCACACCCACGUGCACACCACUCACACCCACAACCACACUCACUCCCACACCAACAUUCACACCCACACCCAAACCCACACACUCACCAACACACACACUCACACUCACACCCACACUCACACCCACACUCACUCCCACACCCACAACCUCACUCACACCCACAACCAAAAACACAAUCACACUCACACCCACACUCACCCCCACACCCACACUCACACGGACACCCAAACCCACACCCACACACAGACCCACACACAAACUCACACUCACACCCGCACUCUCACCCACACCCACACUCACACCCACAACCACACCCACAUGCACACCCACACUCACACCCACACCCAUACCCUCACCCACA